AUGGAACAGUGGAGAACCUUCCCAGUAGUGCCCAGCCGACCAAACUUACCCCAAGUUCACAGUGAGGACUCAUCCAAGAGUAAUCAGUACCACAAAAAGAGUUGUGAGUUGUGUUACGAUGAAGAAAACCCACUCCCACUUGUGGUUCUCUACAGCACAGUCCUCACUUUAGGUCUGCCCACUAACCUGAUCACAGUCUUCCUCACGUUCCUGGAAGUGUGUCAGAAGAACGUCCUAGGAAUCUACCUCUUCAGCCUGUCAGUGUGUGACCUGAUGUAUCUUGGCACACUUCCACUCUGGGCCAUUUACAUCGACAGGGGUCACCGCUGGGAGUGGGGCUCUCUGUCCUGUAAGCUCAUGGGGUACGUGUUCUUCAACAACAUGUACAUCAGUAUCUUCUUGAUGUGCUGCGUUUCCGCAGACCGUUUUGUCGCGGUGGUCUACGCCGUGGAGUCUCGAGGUCUGAGAAGGAUGAGGCAUGCCGUGAUCAUCACCGUUGGGAUUGUGGUGGUCGUUGCUGUGGGACACGUGCCGGUUUUCACCAUGACAGAGGGCGACUCUGAGAAAAUGAAGGAGAAGCGGUGCUUUGAGCCAAGCGACCCCUCUGUCGUAGUGAUGGGCCUCAACUAUGCCCGCUUCUUAAUCGGUUUCUUCAUCCCACUGUGCAUUUUAAUAGUCACCAACUUGGCCAUCAUUGCUAAAGUUCAAGCUAGCACAGGUUUGAAGCCACAGGCCAAAAUCAAAAUACGUAACCUGGCCUUUGCAGUCAUCUUGUUCUUUCUGGUCUGCUUCACGCCGUACCAUGUGAUCCUUUUGCUACGUGCCAUCAAUUUUCACUUUUCGAAUGGGAAAUGUGACUUUGAAAGAAGCAUCUACACACCCUAUACAAUCGCUCUGGGUCUCUCUACCAUCAACAGUGCCAUUAACCCUGUGUUCUAUGUGCUUAGCAGCAACAGUGUUCAUAAGAGGAUCCACAAAGGCCUGCAAAGGUUACGUAGCAGCUCGAGAUCUUCUUUUGAAUGAUUUCUUUCGUUUUCUCAACUGGGACUUAUUUUCCUUUAUCUGUAGCCUGUAAAACAUUUAAAUGUUUUGAAUUUAAAUAGAAAAUGCUUCUGUUAUACUUGAUUAUUAAAAUGAGUCUUCCAAACAUUUGGAAAGCAUUACUGGAA